AUGCGCUGCUCUGCUCAAAACGAUGCUGGCUCUGCUGCCGACCCUGAGUGGGAGGCAGUGCUGGCGCAGCUGCUAGCAGAGGAAGCAGAGGAAGAGGAGCUCUGCUGCCGCUUCGAGCGCCGUGGCGACGACUCCGACGACGGGUGGGACAACUACAGUGAGGAGGAGGAGGAGGAUGCUGUGCAGGGUGUGGCUGGGAAGGUGGACGAGUCGCUCGAGCGUCGGGACGAGCGGGCUUGCGCCACUGAGGGCUCGAACCACGCCUGCACCUUGGUCUUGACCGCGCCGACGCCGCCGUCCUUCUGCAGGCUGGCCCAGCCGUACAGCGUACUGCUCCGAGCCGCCGAGGAGCUGCUGGCGGAGGUCGAGGCGGAGAAGCGCGCCAAGGGCAAGAAGGGCAAGAAGAAGAAGAAGGGCGGCGGGAGCGGCGGGGCUGGGCCGUCGCAGGAGUCCGAGGCGCCGGCGGAGGCAGCCGCAGCCAAGCCCGCGCCGUUGGACAGGGAGGGGCUGCUCAAGCUUCUCGCGGAGCUCCACGAGGACAGGAUUCGGUUCGGCAUCACGCCGGAGACGUCGGGCCAGGGCGCGGGAGGCGGCCUAGCCCGCGCGCAAGGACAGCUGGCGCAGUGGUAG